CGGGACGGCGAGCGAGGGCGACGGGCGGCUUCCCGAAGGGACACUCGGCGGCCCCGGCACCUGCUGGCGCGAUCGCCUCCUCCCGAGCGGCGUCCCCGGUGUCCCUCUCGACAACCUUGGCGACAGCCUCCUCCUCCCGCCCGGCCGGAGGGCGGGGCCUGCGUGCCCCCCACCCCAUCCCCCCCCCCCAGCCGAGCCCACCCGGCGCGUCCGUAGGUCCGUCGGUCCGUCGGUCCGGGCGUCCGGCGCGCUCGGCUGCCCGCGGGGAAGGAAGGCCCGGCCUGGACGCGGAGCCGCCGCCGCAGGGCGGCUUCUGGGAAGAGUCGGCUCGGUCGGUAACUCAGUUUGAAGGACAGAUGCGGAUUCGAGAGCUGGGACUGCAUGAAGCCGGGAGAUGGGGAGACGGCACAGCUGAGUCAGGGCCCACCAGCCCGGGCUGCUGAGAGGAGAGGAGGGCCGUGCUCUCGGGAUGUCCCAGGCCUAGGCGACAUGGAGGGAGACCUGGAAUGCUCUAACUCUUCCCCGGAAAAGCGCUACUUCCCUGAGUCCCUGGACUCCAGCGACGGGGACGGGGAUGGGGUCUUGGCCUGCGAGGACCUGGAACUCAACCCUUUCGACGGCCUGCCAUACUCGUCGAGUUACUACAAACUUCUGAAAGAGAGAGAAGACCUUCCGAUCUGGAAGGAGAAGUACUCCUUCAUGGAGCACCUGCUGCAGAACCAGGUGGUCAUCAUCUCGGGAGAGGCCAGGUGUGGCCGGAGCUCUCAGGUCCCUCAGUGGUGCGCCGAGUACUGUCUGUCCAUCCACUACCAGCACGGGGGCGUGGUGUGCACGCAGGCGCACAAGCAGACGGCAGUCCAGCUGGCCCUGCGGGUGGCCGAUGAAAUGGACGUGAACCUGGGCCACGAGGUCGGCUACGCCAUCCCUUUUGAGAACUGCUGCUCCAGCGAGACCAUCCUGAGGUACUGCACGGACGACGUGCUGCAGAGAGAGAUGAUGUCCGACCCGUUUCUGGGCAGCUACGGCGUCGUCGUCCUGGACGACCUGCAGGAAAGGAGCAUCGCCAGCGACGUGCUGCUGGGGCUGCUCAGGGACGUGCUGCUGGCCAGGCCGGAGCUCAAGCUGGUCCUCAACUGCCCGCCGCACCUGCUGAGCCGGCUGAGCGGCUACUACGGGGCCGGCGCGCCCCUGAUCGCCGUGCGGGGCAGACACCCCGUGGAGGUCGUGCACCUGGCCGGGCCGCAGCAGGAGCCCUUCCAGGCCGUCCUGCGCCUCCUCUUCGACAUCCACGGCUCCGGCGAGAAGGGCGACGUGGUGGUCUUCCUGGCCUGCGAGCAGGACAUCGAGAAGGCCUACGAGCUGGUGUGCCGGGAGGGCUCCCGCCUGGACCCGGGCCUCGGCGAGCUGCUGGUGGUGCCCCUGUACCCACGGGAGAGCCGCGUGGUGCUCAAGCCCCCGGAGGACGUGGAGAAGCGCGGCCCGGCGCCGCCGCGGAGGGUGGUGCUGACGACCAGCUCCGGGGAGUCGCUCAUCUGGAGCCCCUCCUUCAGAUUCGCCAUCGACCUGGGCAUGGAGCGCAGGAGGGUGUACAACCCCCGGAUCCGCGCAGACUCACUGGUGCUGCAGCCCAUCAGCCAGAGCCAGGCGGACACACGCAGGCAGGUGCUGGGCGCCACGGCCUCAGGCAAGCUGUUCCGCCUGUACUCCGAGGACUUUGCCGCCAAGGACAUGCGGCCGCUGAAGCCGGCGGAGAUGCAGGAGGCCAACCUCACCAGCACCGUGCUCUUCAUGAAGAGGGUGGACAUCGCUGGCCUGGGCCACUGCGACUUCAUCAACAGGCCAGCCCCCGAGAGCUUGAUGCAGGCUCUGGAAGACCUCGACUACCUGGCAGCGCUGGACGACGACGGGAACCUGUCCGAGUUUGGGAUCAUCAUGUCCGAGUUCCCUCUGGACCCUCAGCUGUCCAAGUCCGUCCUGGCAUCCUGCGAGUUUGACUGCGUGGACGAGAUGCUGACCAUCGCGGCCAUGGUCACAGCUCCCAGCUGCUUCGCGCGGCUGCCGCAGGGGACGGAGGCGGCGGCGCUGGCUGCGUGGAAGGCGUUCCUGCACCCCGAAGGCGACCACUUCACGCUCGUCAACAUCUACAAGGCCUACCAGGACGCCGUGCUGAGCGCCGCCAGCGAGCACUGCGUGGAGAGGUGGUGUCAGGACCGCUUCCUCAGCGCCCCCGCGCUGCGCACGGCCGAGGUCGUCCGGGCCGAGCUGGCGGAGACCGUGAAGCGCAUCGAGCUGCCCUACGCCGAGCCCGCCUUCGGCUCCCAGGAGAACGCGCUCAACAUCAAGAAAGCCCUGGUCUCCGGCUACUUCAUGCAGAUCGCGCGGGACGUGGACGGCUCCGGGAACUACCUGAUGCUGACGCACAAGCACGUGGCCCAGCUGCACCCGCUGUCGGGGUACGCGCUCACCGGGACGCUGCCCGAGUGGGUGCUCUUCCACGAGUUCAGCAUCUCGGACCACAACUACAUCCGCGUCACCUCAGGCCUCUCGCCGGAGCUGUUCGUGCAGCUGGCGCCGCAGUACUACUUCAGCAACCUGCCGCCCGGCGAGAGCAAGGACAUGCUGCAGCGGGUCAUGGGCCGGCUGGGCCCCGAGGCGGCGGACAGCGAGGACGGGUGCAGGGGCGAGGCCGGCGAGCCCGGCCCCCACACGGAUGCGGAGCCCGUGGAGCAGCGGUGCAGCGUCCAGUGACACCCAGCCCUUCCC